UUGGUAAUUUUUUUUUUAAACUUAUAAUAAUUGUAAUUAAUAACUUGCAAAAUUUCAGGUGAACGCAUAGAUCCACAAAUUGAGUUAACUAUUAAAACCUCUUUUAAAUUGUAACCGGAAAUUCCUGAUUUCAGGUUUUGUCAAUGUAAGAUGAUAUAAAAGAAGUCAAUAUUGUCUUAUACAACAGUUUAUUUGAUCAAGUUGAAAGCGUUAAAAUCAACAAAAGUAAAGACAAAAUGAAAAUUAAUAUUGUUAUUGGAUCAAUUUUUACAAUAAUUCUAAUAAAUAAUGUUGAAGGGAAAUUUAACCUGGAUGGAUUGAAAAAAAUGACAAAACCUUUAAAAGCACCAUGCAUUCAACAAUCAGGAGUUGACCCAGAAUUAAUUACUGCAGCUAAUAAUGGAAAUUUCGCAGACGAUCCAAAUCUUAAGUGUUAUUUUAUGUGUCUUUUACAAAAACUACAAGGAGUUAAAGGUGGAAAAAUUUCCGUACCUGCCAUAAGAACUCAAGCUCAAGCUUUAAUGGAAGAGACCCUUGCUGUACGAGUUAAUCAAUUGUUAGAUGCUUGUGAACAUACAACUCAUCAUGAAGACGUAUGUGUAGCUGCAUUUGAAUACUUUAAAUGCGCUGUGGCAUUUGAUAGCACUUUAAAUUUUUUCCCAUCAUGAAAAAGGAACAACGUGACAAAUAAAUGUAGGUUAAAAUGAAUGUAUUCAAAUUUUCUGCCAAAAUAAUUUUUGUAUAUUAUAUUAUGAUAUUUUUUAAUUUAUUAUUGUCAAAUUUAGAAAAAAAUAAAAUAAAUUGAUUUUUAAUUAAAAAGAAACAA